GGCAACCAGCUCAAUGGAGUCAAGAAGCACAGAACAUGUCUCCCGUCCCCCAUGUUCUCCAGGAAUGACGUCAGCAUCUGGAGUAUCCUGAAAAAAUGCAUCGGCAUGGAGCUGUCGAAGAUCGCCAUGCCCGUGGUGUUUAACGAGCCUCUGAGCUUUCUCCAGCGCCUAACAGAGUACAUGGAGCACACCUACCUCAUCCACCAGGCCAACACCACAACCGACUCUGUUGAGAGGAUGAAGUGUGUUGCAGCGUUUGCUGUGUCAGCUGUAGCAUCACAGUGGGAGAGGACUGGGAAGCCUUUCAAUCCACUACUGGGGGAGACCUUUGAGCUCAUCAGGGACGAAUUGGGCUUUCGGUGGGUAUCCGAGCAAGUGAGCCAUCACCCUCCUGUCAGUGCCUUUCAUGCUGAGGGCCUCAAGGAGGAUUUUGUCUUUCACGGUUCCAUCUGCCCCAAACUCAAAUUUUGGGGAAAGAGCAUAGAAGCAGAGCCGAAGGGAAUCAUCACACUGGAGCUCCCGAAGUAUAAUGAAGCCUACACCUGGACCAACCCCACCUGCUGUGUCCACAACAUCAUUGUGGGUCAGCUUUGGAUCGAGCAGUACGGCAAUGUGGAAGUGAUCAAUCACAAGACUGGAGAGAGAUGCAGCAUGACGUUCAAGCCCUGUGGACUCUUUGGAAAAGAGCUCCAUAAAGUCGAGGGAUACAUCCUAGAUAAAAGCAAAAAUAAGCUCUGUGCGAUAUACGGCAAGUGGACCGAAUGCCUGUACACCGUUGACCCUGCUACCUUCGAUGCCCACAAGAAGUCUGACAAAAAGAAUUCAGAUGAUAAAAAGGCCAGUAAACGGGUAACGGAAAUUCACAACAGUGUGGACGAGGAGCCAGAAGAGAUGCCUCUACCUGAUGCUGAGACGGUUCAGGUGAUCCCAGGCAGCGAGCUCAUCUGGAAGAUAACGCCUCGACCGGAAAACUCGGCCAAGUUCUACGCAUUCUCCACAUUCGCCAUGGAGCUAAACGAGCUGGAGAAAAGCAUGGAGGGAGUCGUUCCUCCCACCGACAGUCGCCUCAGACCAGACAUCAGCGCCAUGGAGAAUGGAGAUAUAGAUUUGGCGAGCGCCGAGAAGAAGAGGCUUGAGGAAAAACAAAGGAUAGCCCGGAAAAAUCGCACUAAGGCGACAGACGAGUGGAAAACGAGGUGGUUUCAGCAGGGGCCCAACCCUCACAAUAAAGCUCAGGACUGGAUCUACUUGAAAGGCUACUGGGACAGAAACUACACUCAGCUGCCUGACAUCUACUAA